UUAAAAAAUAGUGCAAGACACGCGCUUGGUUCAGACCGCUCUCUCUUUACAUUGAGUAAAGUUCGUCACAAAAUUACCUCGUUUGACCCUCUAAUUUGCUUCAGCUGAAUCGUGGAAGACAACCACAGUUCUUCAAUAACUGUGAAUCACAGCUGUAAAAUCAAAAACGAUGGACCAAAGUAGAGUUAUAGACGUGAAAAACAACGAAAACUCCAUUAAUGGCACGAUGGACCAGUCUUUCGAAGUCUCAACAACCAGUGGACCCACCGUGUUUGAAAGGAACCCCCUGAUACUCGUGGCUGUGCUAGGAGGGCUGGGCUGUGCUUCUCAGCUGAUUGCAAUCCUAAUUUCCAGGGGCCUAGUGGGGGACUUCAGUGCGCGUACUUUUCUGUGGGUACAGGCAGUUGGUCAGAUGUUGCAGCAACUGGUGGUGAUUCAAUUCUCUCUCUGCGGUGCUUUUGGAGGCGUUUUCUGUCUACAGCGUAUCUCGCGUACAUCAUGCAAGACCCUCAUUUUCCUCGGGGGAUCAUUUUUCCUCCUGGCCGACUACCUGGCUGUUCCGGUGGCAUUGGACCGCAUCAACGCAGUCCGCUACCCUGUUUGGUACAAGCAGAGCUGCACCCAGAAAGCUGCCUGGCUCGUUGUAGGGCCAGUAUGUCUGGUCAUUUUCAUCCUGGCCAUCCCAAAAUCCAUGGGAUCGGACCUGGUUGGGGGCGACUGUGUGACGCUACAUGAGCAGUACGACCAGUUCCUAAGUCUGAUGGGGGUUCCAGCUGUCGCAUGUGUAGUGGCAUGCACUGUGCUUCUGCUCGUGUUGAUCCGACAGAAGAGUCAGAGUAGCGUCAAUUCAUCACAUGACGCACAAUCACAACGACCGAUUACGCUCGCACUGACAGUGACCUCAACUGUGUUUGCCAUCUUCGGGAUCCUGCAGUACCUCUUGAUGUUCCUCACUUUCCUCCUCCGAGACCCCCACAAUCGGGCACAAGGGGUACUGUUUCUGGGAAUUGGACAGCUUCUCGGAUCCACUGGGAUUAUAAUCAGAGGUCCUGUCAUGCUGCUGAUGAAGCCAAUGCGUAAAGCAUUCGCACGAGGACUCAGAAUAUAGACGGCAAUUUAGAGAAAAGUGUUGUGGCCAGAAAGGGGAGAAAAAGUGGUGCAUUAUUCUUCAAAUUUUGACUAAUGAAGACAUCGAUAAAAUUAACUAUGAUUGAUUUGAUGUUUUGACUUUAUUAGAACUUUUAUAUGAUAAUGAUAAUUUAUUUUAAAGUUGCUGUACUUAAAACAUUGCAAACGUUCUGUGCUAAUUCUGUGGUUAAAACAUGAUGUGCUACUUACCCAGUUGUCCUUGCUAUCUUAUGCGAUUUGAAAUAAAAUAUAUUUUCCAACCGCUGCUUUAUU